CCGCGGUUGACCUUGACGGUCAGAGGGUCGUGCAACCGCUCUCCGAAGACGACCCUUCACCCACCGCCGAUCCUCUCACCUACAUCCCAGACCAGCACGACUGCCCCUUGCCCUGCCACCUCGACUACGCCAAUGUACACAAAUGGACGCCCUAUUUACUCUCUCAGCCGUUUGGCGCGCUGUGAGCUGCCCAUGCUGCUGCACUUCUCGGUGCUACUCCCGUUGGACGAUCCCAGCACGACAUCUCAAUCAGAGCUGCACCCUCGGCACUGAUCCAGCUUCGGUUGGCGACAGAACCGUCAGCAAUGCCACCGCAACACCAACCGACAACGCGAAACUUGCAGCAGGCCUGUUUGAGCCCAACCUGAAUGCUACCCCGGCGUGUUUGUCGAGGGCAGAGAAACAACCGGCGAGCUGGUGCUCACCACCGGCGGCGGGAAGGCUUCCGGCCGUGAAGCCUUGGGCCUGAGACCGUGUUCGGCAUCUCAAUCGAUACCACUGGUGACUUGGCCAGAGUCCAGAAAUUGGUGGUGGCCUGGAGCCAGGGUGAGUGCGCCGUGGGCAACGAUCUUACCUCUCCUCCAAAGCAAGAGACACUCGUCGUCAGUCUGUUCGACAUUGCACAGCGCCCAUGGAUACUGGGGGAAAUCUCACCACAACCGCCGUUAGCAACCGCACCCUCUACAACGCCACGUCAGGUUCAUGUUCCGGACACUCACGGAGCAGGACGAGACGCCACCUGUGGCAGAGGGCACGGGCACUUGCCGGGCGCGCAACUUGGGCCUACAUCCGAGUCGAUGCAGGCGACGGCUGUGCAAGCCACAUGUCCAAAUGCGUCUUCAGUCCUCGCGAUGCCAGAAAACGGACGACAACGU